AUGAAACCCUAUAUAGGCAUACCUCUCGUCUUUGGACUUGUCUAUCGAGCUUGGUCGCGCAAAUCCCUUACCCCGCUCGGUCUGGUAUUUGCGGGAUGUUCAGCCGCCGCGCAUGCUCUCCAUCCAUGGUCGGCACCCGUGGCGCUUCUCGCAGUAUUCUAUUUCGGUGGGACGAAGGUCACAAAGGUAAAACAUGAGAUUAAGUCACAUUUAACACUCUCCGCAACCGGUGCGGAAGGCGGCGAAGGCCCCCGAAACCAUAUUCAAGUCCUAGCGAACUCCGUUGUCGCUACCAUAUUAUCGAUCGCUCAUACGAUUAUUCUGUCCAAAACAACAGGCACCGAAUCAUGUUUCUCACUCGGUCAGAAUGCGGCUGACAUAUUGAUUGUUGGCAUUGUAGCAAACUACGCCGCUGUCGCUGCAGACACCUUCUCCUCCGAGCUUGGCAUUCUCUCGAAAUCAAAACCCCGCCUGAUUACCUCGUUGAAUCUCCGUGAAGUCCCUCCCGGUACAAAUGGUGGUGUUACUGCAGCUGGUCUUGGGGCCGGUCUUCUGGGGUCGUUCAUUGUUUCCGCGACAUCUGCUGCGGUUCUUCCGUUCUGUUCUAGUGCCGGAUUGAAGGAUCGGGCUCUGUGGACCAUAGCUAUGACUCUUUGGGGUACAUUAGGCAGUGUUCUUGACAGUGUCCUUGGUGGGCUUUUGCAGGCCAGUGUUGUCGAUAAGAGAAGCGGGAAGGUUGUAGAGGGUAGCGGUGGUAGGAAGGUUCUCAUUCACCCUUCCACGGGCAAGCCGGUUGUUCCUGCUAAUAGCACCGCCCAAACCACUGGUAGCAUACAUAAUGCUGCAUUGCGUGGCGUCCAGGCGACACAUAUCCCCGAGGAAAGUCAGGAAAGUCGUCGUCUUGAAACUGGUCAUGACUGGCUAGACAACAACGGUGUCAAUCUUCUCAUGGCUGCAACUAUGAGUGUCGGAGCGAUGGGUAUUGCACAGUGGUUCUGGGGAUUGGAUGUGUUUGAGUUGCUGGUGUGA